AUGCCGUUUAUAUCGAAUGGCGACGGUUGUCCCCGAGCGCCGCUACGAAUCCGCUUCACUUCUCGUACCGGGGCAUAUCGAUGUUUAUUAAAAAUGGCGUACAAUAAUAUUGUGUGUCGGUUGUGCUUAUCGGAAAAAGAACUGAAUUGUGUUUUUAAAAAUAAUUCGAAUAAAGUAGAUUUACAAGAAGUGAUAUUUAUUACAACUGGAGUUCAGAUUUUGGAGAAUGAUAUCAUCUCAAGGAAAAUAUGUCUCAAUUGCAGCAACACUGUUAUUAAAAUCCAGGAAUUUAGAGAAAUAUCUAUCAACUCUGACAGAUAUCUAAAGGAAAAAUGUAUCGAGCAUUUAAAAGUGGCGGAAAUAAAAAUUCCCAACACCGAUGUCACGAUUACAACUAGGAAACGACAUAUAAAAGAAAAACAAGACGAUCCUAGUACUAGUGUACCUGAAAAAACGGACUGUAAUAUCCUAUCCCAAAAUAAGUUAGAUGUAUCAAAAGAAGAAGAAAGUGACGAUUAUUCGCAUAAUUCAAAUAUACCUAUGAAAGUUACGGUUCAUGAAUCAGUGUCAAAACUUUUUGCUCUUUAUCCAAAUCUUAAAUUACGGACUGGUGUUUUGGUUUUUGAUCUCAAUCCCUUUGUUAGCUUAGAAUUAGACGCAGUCGAAAAAUACUGUGAUGAUAAUAAUAUAAAUUUAAAACUUACCUCUGAAAGUGUAGAUAAUGUAAAUAUUGCCGAUCAAAAGACUAUACCCAAAAAUAAUUUUUCAGAUCUGAAUUUUUGUUCAGAAACAAAUAUUUUAGAAGACAAAGAAUCUUUCACGAAUCCUCAGAGCAAUCACGCGACUUUGAGAAUGACUCGUUUUAGAAUCAAGCAGGUAGAUAUUCUGAAUAAGUUCAAAGUAGGUCCUAUUAGAACAACGCGUUCGAAUAAUCCAUCGAAGUUUAAUAUUAUUCCCGAAGACUCCUUUAAACGAAGUAGAGAGAGUAGUAAAAGUGAAGUUUCAGUAACUGAUACACAACAAAGUAAUUUAAAAAGAAGAAAAUUAUUAUCCAGUGAUUUUAUAUCCAACACAGACAAUAUUUGUUAUUUCUAUUGCAGUUUUUGUAAAGCAAAAUUUAGAGACAUUGAAUAUAGACUAUGCCACGAACAGAAAUGUACCGUAGGUCAAGCUUUAAACAGCAAACCGUACGUUGAAUUGAUUAAAGUUGAUCUAGAUUUAAAAAUUAGAAAAAAAUAUUUGUUACAUGAUACUAUUUCCGAUCAAAAACAAGUCAGUCCUAACGAAGUUAUAGAAUUAUUCAAUAAUGACCAAUCACUAGUGGACUCAACUAUCGUUACUAAUAUUGCAACUGAACCGAACAAUGUUGUAAAUGUGGAAAAUAAGUUUGAAACGGAAUCCAAAAAUCACAUAGAUAACUGUAAUACGUUUUCACAGACCAUUGAUACACUCGGUAACAAAGAACCUUUACCUCAAAUCGGGGUAUCAAAUACUCCCAAUGGAGUAGUACCUGCUAAUGUGUUACCACUUCAAUAUUUAAGCACAGCAAUAGUGAGGCCGACUAUUAUAUUAAGAAAUGACAGUUUACUUAAUGAUAGUAAUAUGUGUGGUUCCGACAUUGCCUUACUCAAAGAAUUAAUACAAAACUCAAAACGAAUUUUACGAAAAGACCCAUUAAUGCAAACGGUGGCCAGUAAGGACAUAACUCAAACCUGGACUGUGAAAAAUAUGUUUUCACAGUUGAGGUUAUAUAAAGUUCCGAUAAAAAUUCGAUGUGGCGCUCAUUCUAUAAGUAGCUCCACGCCAGAAAUUAAAAUAGAGAAGGAGGUUGAUAUAUGGCACGAUAUAAAACCAAUAAUUUUAAUUAACACAAACUCAAUGGUAGAUAUUAACAAAACGAUAUUGAGACCAUCUGGAAUAGUACUCACGAAUUCAUUGCGGACAAACAAAAAAGACUCUUCACUGACAAUUAAAACAGGCUCUUUGCGAACAAAUAAAAAAACAAUUUUAUUAAAACGUAGUAUUUCAUCACAAACUCCUCAAAACAUCGGAAAUGGUGUAAAAAUGAAAAUUUCCAGAAUAAUUUCUUCAACUCAGAAGAAAAAUAAAGUUUGUAGUCAGAAUAUAUCUUCAACUCAGUCUUCUGCAACGAUAACACCUUCUAACUCUGUUCAGACCGUUUUUUCCCAAAAUAGUGGAACAAUUAUUACUAAUGUUUAUAACCAAACCCAAGUCAAUCUACCUCAAACCCUGAAUUCAUCUAUUAAUACGACUAAUAAUUAUACGGAACAAAUUUUUACUCCAAAUCUGCUCAACAAUACUUCAAACGUCCAACAAAUAUUUAUUCCUGCGAAUAAUACAUUAACUAGUCAUGGCAGUCAUCUACAAAUACUAUCUCAUACUCUAAACAAUGCAGUAGUUAACAACAUUGACAAUAAUUCUCAACAAAUGUAUAUACCAUUGUCAAGCAAUUCGAUUAAUUCGACAAAUUGUAUUUCUCAAGUAUUCGGCUCGUCCAGUGGUACCGUUAUGCCUGCUACUAAUCAAUCUUCUAUUUUAAUACCAGUUACGAAUCCUAUGGUACCUGACGGCAGUAUUCCUAAUUUGAAUGUAAUCAAUCCAUUGAGUAAUGUACCCAAUCAAAUUACUCCAUUGAGUACUGUACCCAAUCAAAUCACUCCAUUGACUACUAUACCCAAUCAAAUCACUCCAGUGAGUACUGUACCCAAUCAAAUCACUCCAUUGAGUACUGUACCAAAUCAUAUCACUCCAUUAAGUACUGUACCAAAUCAAACGAAUGUAGGUUUUACUUAUUCUUACAGCAAUAAUACGCAGAAUGCUGUAUCUUUGGUAAAUAACCCACCUAUAUUAGUUAAUUCUCCAGUUCCAAACUGUAACGUGACGUCAAGUAUAUUUGCAAGCAAUGAGGUUCAACAGAAUAUGUUGGGUACUGUAAAUUUUACGCCAAAUAAUAUGACCGAUACUUUUAGUACAUCGGUUGUUCAAUGCCAAACUUCUGCAAUAUCAAAUAAUUUCAGUCUAUCCCAACCAAUAAUUAGGGUCAAAAAUAUAUAUGAAUUAAAUUAA